AUGACUGACAGUGCUAUGUACAAGCGGUCUCCAACGACUCCGUCAACUCCCAGCUUGAGAAACGGCUCACAAAACAAGAAAAUGAAACGAGAAGAGAACUUAUCGCCUACCAGGCGUUCCAGGAACAAAGACAUAACUGUUGAAGACAUGACGCGACAGCACUUAAUAGAAAGCAAGGAAUUGCAGAGAUUGCAAGGCCUGGUGAAGUUCUUGGAACUAGAAAGAAAAUUUAAGGUACGAAGACGGGACGUAUAA